CUAGCAUCUUGCAGAUGACCACAUCGCUUAUUAACCGUCUGACUCCUUUGCGUACAAAAGAGUUUCGCAGGAUAGACAUGGGUCUUUACAACACAUCAUGUCCGCUGUUCGCAUCGAACGCUCCUUGAAACGAAUUCGCGUCUUGUUUGGAGGCGUCGUCAUUGUCGAUACAAAGAGUGCGAAACUGAUUUGGGACUCGCCGUUCUACCCAUUAUACUACUUCAAUGUCUCCGAGCUGCCUGAAAAGCACCUUCAAGGGAAGCAAGCAACCUCCGACGGCUCGCAGUACGAUGUGGUCGUAGGCGCACGGAAAGCACCAGUUGCAUUGCAAGUAUUCAGUUCUGGUGAUCGCGCAGGUUUCUUUAAGCUCAACUUUGGAGCCAUGGAUGCUUGGUUUGAAGAAGAAGAGCAGAUAUUUGUGCACCCCAAGGAUCCCUACAAGCGCGUUGACGUCCUUCAGUCUUCGCGUCACAUCCGUAUCGAAAUCGAUGGCGUCCAAGUCGCUAAUACUACCAAGCCCCGCCUCUUGUUCGAGACGUCUCUUCCUGUCCGUACCUAUAUUCCCAAGACGGACUGCAGGCUUGAUUUAUUGGUACCUUCCGACCUGAAGACCUCAUGCCCUUACAAGGGAGAAGCGAGCUACUACCACGUUCAGCUUUCACCUGACAAUCGAAAGGACAACGUCGUAUGGUGGUAUCGCAACGCAAACUUGGAAUGUGCUUCUAUCACCGGUUUUGUUGCGUUUUACGACGAGAAGGUUGAUGUCUGGGUCGAUGGCGAGAAACAGACACGGCCAUCGACUCACUGGUCAUAGUAACUCGGAUUCAAUUUACAACUAUGUUGGAAGAGGUCGAGAAUUUCCGUGUAAUAUUAAAAUCAUACUGCUUUGGGUCUCUGCGGUCCGCCCUCGGAUCGAUUCCGAGCAACGUUUCAUUUCA